GCUGGACGAAAUGCGGCACAACUGAGCAAUACUUAAUGUUGUUUAGUUGUUAAAAGAGAAACUGACACACCAGGCGUUUAACCAGGAGGUGAAAAGCAGUCACUGUCUUUCGGUGUAAUAUCAGUUUCACCUUUUGACGCUUUUUGUACUGAAACACGUAUUAAAACUGUGAAAACUAAAUAAUAAUUGGGGUUUCUCCUGUGAAACAACAAGGAACUACACUAAACGCAUUCUGUUUGCAGCGGGUUUGUCGAGUGAUCCUGACCCAAAAAAAAGCGAUGCUGGUCACCGUUUUCUGCGAGCCGAGGGAUAGCCCAGAGACCACCUUUGCUCUAGAUGUAUCCCCAGAGCUGGAGCUGAGAGACUUCAUAGCACUUUGUGAACUGGAAUCAGGAAUCCCAGCUGGGGAAAUCCAGAUCACACAUGUAGAACAGCCCCUAAAAGACCACACUCUUGCCUUGGGGACCUAUGGUGUUAAGGAUGGAGAUGUGGUGGUUCUCAGGCAAGCUGACCGAAGGCCACCACCGACUCAGCCAGCCUUUCCAGGUCUGCCCCAUAUUGACUUUCGUUCCAUCACAAUCCCCGGCACCUCUUCUUCAACUAGUAAUCGUGGUGCCAUAAGGCUGCAACAGCAACAGACUUCACAGCCGCCUCAGCCGCAGUCGCAGCCGCCGCCUCAACAGCAGCCACAGCGCACCGCACAACCGUCCACGCCAAUGGCCUUUCGUGGCUCCUCUCCUCAGGGGCUGGAUGACCCUGCCUUACUCCAGCAGAUGCUUUUAUCCAAUCCGCAUGAGCUUUCACUCCUCAAGGAGCGAAACCCGCCACUUGCUGAGGCCCUGCUGAGCGGAGACUUGGAGCGUUUCACCAAAGUGCUGCAGGAGCAACAGCAGGAUCGAGCCAAGAGAGAGCAAGAGAGGAUCAGACUUCUGACUGCGGAUCCUUUUGAUUUGGAUGCCCAGGCAAAGAUUGAGGAGGACAUCAGGCAGCACAACGUGGAAGAAAACAUGACCAUUGCAAUGGAGGAGGCCCCAGAAAGCUUCGGGCAGGUGGUCAUGCUCUACAUUAACUGCAAAGUCAAUGGGCACCCUGUGAAAGCCUUUGUUGACUCAGGAGCCCAGAUGACCAUCAUGAGCCAAGCGUGUGCUGAGCGCUGUAACAUCAUGCGGCUGGUGGACCGUCGCUGGUCCGGAAUUGCCAAGGGAGUGGGCACCCAGAAGAUCAUUGGCAGAGUUCACUUGGCUCAGGUCCAGAUAGAGGGGGACUUCCUUCCGUGUUCUUUCUCCAUCUUGGAGGACCAGCCGAUGGACAUGCUGCUUGGCCUGGAUAUGCUGAAGAGACAUCAGUGUUCGAUCGACCUGAAGAAGAACACGCUCCUAAUAGGCACCACGGGCACCGAGACUCACUUCCUGCCUGAGGCAGAGCUGCCAGAGUGUGCCCGGCUGGCAUACGGACCGGAGGGGCACGACGACGCCCGUCCAGACGAGCUAGCGGACAGAGAACUGGCAGAGGCACUUCAGAGGUCAAUACAGGAGAGCGACACUGCAGAUGGACGAACUACCUCACCGCAGCCCCCACCAUUUACAUUACCCAGAACCUUAGACCAAGCGUCCUCAUCCACCUCCUCUUCCCAAAGCCCUUCCUCUGGCCAGCCCCAAACCCUGGUUCGCUGUCAGUCUGACCCGGCCGCCAUGGAGCAGGCCUCAGCACUAGGGCUGUGCCAUGACCAACCUGGCCGCCAGGGGCUUCCUCAGCCUUCUUGCUCAGCAGAGGAUGCUGGUUUUACACCGAAUCAGGUCCACCCUCAACCUCUGCCUGUCCAUACUGACUCCAAAGUGCCCCCUGUGCCCAGUCCCCCAACAGACGUCCUCCGUACAUGUACCCCUCCCGCGGAGGUCCAGCCUGGCCACACAGAGGGGAAUACUGAAUCAGAUGAGGUGAUGAACAGCCCCGUGCUCCCCCAUCCUGAGGAACUUUCCCCCAUUCAACCCAUGGAGCAGGAGGCCACUGAGUCGUACACCGCUGAUGCCACAGAAGCCUGUCUGAGUGUUCUGAGCCAACCGGACUCUGUUGAAAUGGAGUCCCCCACUGCCUCCCAGGGCAAGAUGUCGUCUGAGAGGGACCAGCCUGAAGGAGAGCACUGCUCCAGCUCCGACAGCAUCCCGUCGCUGGCAGCCGCUCUGAUGGAACUUCACGAGCUGCUGGUAUCCAACAACCGCGCUCGGUCCCAAAACCGCAGCGCCUCCUGCUCCCCCUCACACCCACUCAAACAGGAAACGGAGGAAGUGUCCCCCGAGCCGUGUACCCCCAUGCCCGAAAACACCCAGCGGAUCUCCUCUACUGCCAUCUCAGCCGGUGCAGAACCAAACGAUGCCAAAGCCAACCAUGCUGCUGCUGUGUCUGAUGAGGGACCAUCGAAGUGUCUUGUGCCUGACCUCUCUGGCCAGGAUACAGCAGAGACUGUGGAGGGACAAGGACCACCGCAGUGUCCAGAUGGCUCCGUCGAGAGGAGGGCAGAUAGGUGCGGGCAAGAUGACGCAAAUAACAUCAGCCGUUUUGAGCCUGAGCCUGAGGUUCCUCCUGAUCCGGCAGGGGACCUGGAGUUCAGGGAACCUCCUGAGGGACAGCAGGGGAGAGGGGUUGCAGACGGACGAGCCUCUGGCACAAACACCCCAGACACUCCUGGCCUCCAAACUGAGGACACUUUUCUCAGCCCCCUGUCCAUGGCAGUGGGCUCACCUGAGGAAGUCUCUAGCGCCUCCUCCCCCUCUUCCCCUCCACUUGCUCAGGCUCCCCAGCUUACACCUCCAGCCCCACUUCUCCCUUCUCCGCAUCCCUUUAUAGAACAAUUUCCAGCUGAGCACAUCCAGAGAAUCCAGGCAGCAGGGUUUUCUGCCAGGGAGGCUGCAGAGGCACUGGAACAAGCCCAUGGGGUUGUGGAGCUAGCUCUGCUGGCACUACUAGCCCGCAGUAUCACUGUGCCCACCAAGACUCAUAACUAGUCAUGCGAGUCCUUAGCCUCCCAAUUCAGCAUCUGUGUUAUUUAUACCUUGUUACAGAACCCGAUGUCUCAGUCCCUUCUUAGCAGGGAGCACGUAUAAACACAGGGAAAUGCUGUCUCUUGGUUCGUCGUACAGAAUAUCCAAGAACAAAAAAGGACAACUGGUAAUACGUUUCUGGAUAUUGCAGAUAUGUGAGGUGUGUUUGCAUGCAGAUGUUUUGGGUGGCCACCCAUUUCAUUGGUUUUUAGAAAUUUGGUAUGGUAGAUUGAUUUAUUUUUUCUUGUUUUAUCGUCCAACGUUGACACAUUAAAUGCCCAAUGUAUGAUUGAUUGAUUAUUUAGCCACUGAACAUUAUUAUAAUUUCACCUUUAAUAUGUUUCAUAAAAUUAUUGUCUAAGUUGUGGAGCAUCAAUAAAAAAACCUUAAAGUGGAGUAGCGUUAGUCCUACUCACCGUUCCAGAAUAACACUGGUGAGCUGUAGAUCAUUCAGCACAAAUAUGGAUAUUUGAAGCUGAUGAAUAAAGCACCGUGUUGAUGUUUAUGUUCGUAGCCCCUUCACAAUGAUGGAAAAGCUACAGUGUGGGAACUGUAACAGUUCAGAAGGGCUACUUUUCAAAUCAUUUCUCCAGAUAAGUGGAAGCCACAUUUAUCACACCAAAAUAUCAAUAGCCACAAGUGAGUUUGUGUUCAGAGAUGGCAUUUUUCGAUUCAGUAUGUGUAUUACAGAAGGUUUAUUGUACUGUAUGUAUUAUGUUCCACAGUUGGAACAUUUUGCAAUGUGUAGUUACAAAACUGUUUGUAGCUCCUGUUCAGAAAGUCCUUUUUAUUUUGUGUCAAAUCCUCAGUGUGUGUUCAUACCUUAAGCCCAUCUAUUUUCAUUUGUAAUCUGUUAGAAUAUUGCCAUGUCAAUACAUCAUAUAUCAAGGAUUUUAAUGGUUUUAUUUGAGUCAUAUUCCAACAAUAUUCAGACGAUUGAAUUAUCUACUUUUAUCUUGUAUGAAAUUUUAAAUUGCAAAUAAAAUGGAGCUAGUAUUUGUA